AAAUCUGUAACAAAACAUCAGCGGAGAGCCUUUUUAUGUGGCGUGCGGCUGCUAACUGAAUUUACCUUAUUCAUCUCCCGUUUUCAUAUAAAUCCAGGGAGGGCCAUCGUCGUGCGGCUGGAGCAGGAAGGAUGCCUGUGGAAAGGACGGAGCACCGCGGAGCCGACGAGCUCCACAAAUACUAUGAGGUUUAUGAGACUAUCGGCUCAGGAGGCUUUGCUAAAGUCAAGCUGGGUCGCCACCUCCUGACAGGAGAGAAGGUUGCCAUUAAAAUCAUGAACAAGAAGGCCCUGGGGGAUGACCUGCCCCGUGUGAAGGUGGAGAUUGAGGCCAUGAAGAACCUGAGCCAUCAGCACGUCUGUCGGCUCUACCAGGUCAUAGAGACCUCCACCCAGAUCUUCAUGGUGCUGGAGUAUUGUCCAGGUGGGGAGUUGUUUGACUACAUCAUAGCAAAGGACCGUCUGUCAGAGGAGGAGUCCAGGGUCUUUUUCAGACAGAUCGUGUCUGCGAUGGCCUACGUCCACAGCCAGGGUUACGCACACAGGGACCUCAAACCGGAAAACUUGUUGAUUGAUGAAGACCACAACUUGAAGCUUAUAGACUUUGGAUUGUGUGCCAAACCGAAGGGAGGCUUAGGUUAUGAGCUGAUGACGUGUUGUGGGAGCCCGGCAUACGCUGCUCCUGAACUCAUCCAGGGGAAAGCAUAUAUUGGUUCAGAGGCUGAUGUGUGGAGUAUGGGAGUGCUGCUGUUCGCCCUGCUCUGUGGAUACCUGCCCUUUGACGACGAAAACCACAUGCUCCUCUACAGGAAGAUUACAAGAGGUAGAUAUGAUAACCCCCGGUGGCUGUCUCCAGGUAGUGUCCUCCUCCUCAACCAGAUGAUGCAGGUGGAGCCCAAGCGUCGUCUUACUGUUCGACAGCUGCUCGACCAUCCGUGGGCGACGAAAGACUACAACAGCCCCGUGGAGUGGCACAGCAGGCAGCCGCUCGGUCACAUAGAUGAGGACUGUAUCACUGAGAUGGCUGUGAACAUGAAACGAUCAAGGGAGAGCACCACAGUGCUGGUCAAGGAGUGGCGGUAUGACCAUACUACAGCUACCUACCUACUGCUGCUGUCAAAGAAACAGAGGGGCAAACCUGUCCGUCUGCGCCGUGAACCAGCAGUCUUUGAGGGCUCCUGCUCUCCACUGCACCAGGGACUCCAGUCAAGGGAAGCCCUUCACUUCAGCGAGGAUGAAGACGCCAUUAUUGUGGGUUCUCUGGACUUUGGCUCGGACUACAUUGAUGAUUGUCCGUGGGUUUCAGUCAAAAAGCAUACACCUCAGGGAGUCAGAGGGCAGCCAGAUGGAGCAGCAACCACGAGACUGGCAUCUCCAUCAGCAGAGAAGAGGUUUGCUUACAGCCCGACCCCAGAGAGGGGACGAAAAACAACACCGCACCGCCAGGAGAGGAGGGACAGAGACCAAGAACAAACCAGUGAGAACAAGGAGAAUAUUGGUUCGCAGGAGAAAGAUAUUGAAAUCUUUGCGUUGCCUCCUCCUCGAACCCCUGUGUCCAGUAAGAAGAACGCACGUUCCAACAAGAACGUGCUUACCACACCCAAUCAAAAUGUCAAUGGCACUAAAACCAAUGGAGGCACACCGAAAGGUGGAGACAGUGCCUCUAAAGAGCACAACAAGAAGAGAGCAGCAGAUAUCAAGGAGCUUGCAAACAUUGAAAUAAUGGCCUUCAGUCCUGAGAGAAGGUCUCGGUCAUUGGACAUGGCUGCCACAGAAGACAGUGGGAAGAAGAAGAGAGGAGGGAAGGUGUUUGGUUCCCUGGAGAGAGGCCUGGAUAAGAUGAUCACCAUGCUCACGCCCAGCAAGAGACGAGCCCUGCGAGACGGCCCCCGCAAGAUCAAGGUGCAGUACAACGUCACUCUGACCAGUCAGACCAACCCAGACCAGGUUCUGAACCAGAUCCUCUCCAUCCUGCCAGAGAAAAAUGUUGAUUUCACACAGAAAGGGUACACAUUAAAGUGUCGGACAUGGGGCGACUUCGGGAAGGUAACCAUGGCGUUUGAGCUGGAGGUGUGCCUGCUGCAGAGGCCGGAGGUGGUGGGAGUCCGCCGCCAGAGGCUGAAGGGGGACGCCUGGGUCUACAAGCACCUGGUGGAAGACAUCCUGUCCUCGUCCAGUAUCUAGAUGAUGCACUUUUUCCAGGCAAUAUCACUUUCCGUUACAAAUCAAAAUGAUGUCUGAUUGAUGUACAGAUUUAAACAUGUAGCGCAUUAAUAAUUAGUCCUUUGUUAUUCAAAGUGAAUAUUUUAAUUUGUCCUUAGGCCAGCCUGCAAUCCCCAGAGUUUAUGUUACAUUAAAUAUAAAAGCAUUUCAUGUUCGCAUCCUGUACAGCAGAUCUUGUUUUAUGCAGAGAAUUGCUGUUUUACUUCAUUAUUAAGCCGAGUAUGAUCUCUGUCAAUCCUCUUGAGAUGAAUGUGUGUGUGUAUGAAUGUAUGAAAUCUAACAAAGCUAUUUCCAGUAUACCUUCUGGCUGCUCACUACCAUAUUUAUGUCUUGAUGUUGGUAUUCUGCCCUUUAGGUGUAAUUUACUGUCAUGUACAUGUUUACAGUUCUUCCAUCAUGUCGUUUUUACGUGGUUGUGCUGUCUCUUGUUUCCUACUGGUGCUCGUCUAGUUUUAAAUGUCUGUCACAUUGUCCGUCAAAUAAAAAAUUGUAAUAAAAAGAGGAAAAUAAAUAA